AUGGCCGAGCAGAAUCUGGCGCUGCAGAUCUACCAGAGCGUUGUGGGAAUUGUUGGGAUCUGCGGCAACGGUUUGGUGUGUUUGGUGAUCGCCCGAGUCCGCUUCAUGCACACCCUGACCAACGCCUUCAUCUUCAACCAAGCCCUGAUUGAUCUGCUGGGGUCGUUACUGAUUUUGGUCAACAGUCUUGUGCCUGUCCCCGAUCCGAUACCACCGGGAACCAGCGGCGUGCUUCUCUGCAAGUUGUGGGUGUCCAACUUCUUCGUAUGGGGACUUUUCAUCGCGUCUACCUUCAAUCUAACGGCGUUGACUUUGGAGCGAUACCUAGCUAUAGUGUUCCCUUUCAGGUACCAAGUGCUGGCCACACGUGAGAAAUCCGUAGCCGUUAUAAUCGGGCUAUGGCUAUCGGCAUUUGUAUUCAAUAGUUACAGUUUAUUUAUUCGCUACUACGAAGCCGGUCAGUGUAGGCAGAGACUCGUGGCAAAUCCACUUGCUCUUGGUGUCGCUGUGUUUUCCGUCACAUAUUUGCUCCCUGUCGUCGUCAUGGUGUUCGUCUACACUCACAUCGCAGUGGUUCUGAAGAAGGGUGCUGGGAGAGUUCAGCCCAAACUGGCGGGCUUGACUCCGGGUCCGCCUCCCGGCACGGGAGUUGAGCCCACUGUGGCGACCGCGAAUGCUGGCGCCGGUGACCAGCAGCAGGGUGCCGGCCCGUCUGGCACCACGGCCCCCGAGGGCCGGGGAGAGUCGCUGAUGCGAGCUCGGCGCAACACCUUCAAGACCCUCUUGCUGGUUUCCGUGGCAUUCACCGUCUGCUGGACGCCCAACGAGGUCAUCUUCUUUCUCUUCAACCUCGGCGUAGACGUGGACUUCACUUCAGUCGUCUACAUCGUGUCAGUUGCUAUGGUUGCAUCCAACGGCUGCGUCAACCCUUUCAUCUACGCCAUCAAGUACAAGCAGUUCAGAAAGGCUCUUAAAGCACUUACCUGUGCAAAAAGUGGAACUGAUGUCGGGUCUUCACUGACCGCUACCAAUAACAAUCAAGAGUAA